AUGAUUGUGUGGUGUAACCGACGACAAGUGGGGAUCCAGAAAUUUUAUGAAAAUCAAAAAGAGCUAGUAGAAGCUUGGAAGGAAGAUGAGAAGAUUCUCAACACAGUUGUUGAUCACGAAGCCAAAGCUAAAAAGGAUCAGCGAACAAAGGUGAGUGGAUGGGCAUACUCCACGAGUGGCAAUUAUAAACAAACCCGUAAAAUGGAUCUUGUAUACAAAAACAACCUUUUUUACUGCUGA